AUGAGUCGCUGGGCCGAUUCGGUUAUGCACAUCGCCGACAGCGCGGUGCGGGACGUCUACGAUGACGUGUCGGCACGCCUCGACGACGUCAUGACACGGAUCGACCGCGAGACCGUGUCCUCCACCGAGGCUAACCUGUUAUUGUGCUACGGCGACGAUGAGCCGGAACCACAAGCCAUCGCCGCCGCCGCGGAGCGCGCGCUGGUACGGAUUGGCGGAUGUGGUGGUGGUGGCCAGCAGCAACCGUCGAGAUCCAAAGCGAGCCGCUUCGCCAAGGUCGAGCUGUACGCCAACUCCAAGCUGCCGCUGGACAUGCCGCCGCUGGCGCUGUACAUGCCGACGUGGCCGCUGCUGUGCCUUGCGGCGCAGUAUUCCUCACAGGUAUACGCCCCUGACACGCAGGGGCAGGACGAGGAAACGUACACCGCAUCGGACUGGCGGGCAGGAACCAAGGCCAUGUGCAUCAAGUCGGUGCCCAUGGACCACGCCGCCGCCGUUGUCUUUGCCAUCCGCGGCACCUCGUCCUUUAUGGACUGGGCCGUCAAUCUCUCCACCGAGCUAUCGUCACCGGAGAAUUUCCUCGAUGACGCUGGCAAUCUCUGCCACGCGGGUUUCCUGUCGGUCGCGCGCAACAUGGUGAAGCCCGUCGCAGCGCGCCUCAGGCGGCUGCUGCAGGAAGCGCCGGGUCGCGCGGCGUACAGCCUGCUCAUUACAGGACAUUCUGCGGGCGGCGCCGUCGCGGCGCUGCUGUACAUGCACAUGCUCGCGACGGCGCCGGGCACGGAGAGCGAGCUCAACAUGCUGGCGGGAUGCUUCAGGCGCAUCCACUGCGUCACGUUUGGCGCGCCGCCCAUCAGCCUGCUGCCGCUGCAGAAGCCGGACAGGAAUCCGCACAGGCUACGCAAGUGUCUCUUUCUCGCCUUUGUCAACGAGGGCGACCCGGUCGCGCGCGCGGACAAGACCUAUGUCAAGAGCUUGCUAGAUUUGAUGACGAAGCCCGCGCCGGAGCGGCGAGAACUGCCUGACAGGGCGGGGCCCGGCGACAGCCAGAGGCAGCAGCGGUGGCGGAGCGACGGUGCGCCGAGCCUGCCAAGGCGACGGAAUGAGCAGGUGCACUGGCCGGUGCCGCACUGUAGGCUAAGCAACGCCGGGCGCAUUGUAGUGCUGCGGGCUGGAGACCCGAUGACGGCGACGGCUGCGGCAGCGGCGGGAAGGGAGCGCACUGUGGAGGAGCGGCUCGCGGAGGGGACGCGGGCGGUGACGUGCGUCGAGGCGGAUCUGAGGGGCGUGAUUUGGGGGGAUCCGGUGGCGCACAUGAUGGCAUUGUACGCGGGGAGAAUCGAGACGCUGGCGGUGGCGGCGGUCAUGGGCAAGAGCUAG